CCUUCUGACAGACAAAACAAGGUGCGAUGGCUGUACUUGGACGUUCACUUCGUCGCUUCACCACCCUGCUUCUUUUUGUCUGCCUCUUCGCGGGCAGUAUAUCUUGGAGAAGGCGCAGAGGCGGAUGUACUUGUUCUUGGAACAGUUGGGGAUCAUGGAGCUCGUGUUCUGAACCUUGCGGAAAUACCGGCACGAGGACCCGGACCCGCACUGGUUCCUGCUGUGGUACCGCGGGAACAGAAACUGGAGCAUGUAACCGGUUCUGCUACAACAGCGGCACUCCGUCCGGGAACGGCUGCAUCUGUACCUCACAGUACCAGGGGCGAUGCUGCGACGUGGACAAACCACAGGGAGAUGAAUUCAAAGGAGGCUCUUCUGAGACCCAGCAGGGUGGCACUACAGUGUCAAUCUGGGUGUAUGUUGGCGGUGGAGGGGGCACAGGUUCCAUCAUCCUCUUUAUCAUCAUCUACGUUUGCUGCAAAUCCUGUGGCUAGAUUCAUCAGCACAAGCACGUCGAAAUUGUUUAAAACAAUGUUCCAUACUAGUAUAUCAUCAGUAAUCACAAUUAGGCUCACUGCGCUUAAUUACAUCAACUGUAUGCCGUGAUCUUCUACAUAACAAUGGAACUGAGUAUUAGGCAGAACACAUUCUAGAGGUAAUUCCUGUGUGAUGACAUGAUAAGACUCAACUUUUCCGAAUGUUUAAAAAGCGUCAUGCGAUGACAUGCAUACACUUAACAGAGCAUUGGUAGAAGGAAUUAUGUAGGCAUUUUAUGUUUUAAAGAUGUGCUCGUAAUUACUUUUCGCUGGUCACGUGGAAGUUUCUCUUCCUACUAAGAUCAUCGAAUCAAUAUAUAGAAUAAAUGGGGCAUUUUAUUUUCAACUGUCUUCAAAUAAGAAGUCAAACCCUGUAAUAGCUAUGUACACUUAG